AUGCGACAGCUGGAGGUGGUCCGCGAAGUCUUUACGGAGUCGAUCUUGUACGCUGCUGACCUGCGCACACGCCGGGACAACCUGGAUGAUGCGGUGCAGAAGUUCGCGGCUGCUCACAGCCUGCUCAAGGACGGUGGCAGUGGCCUUCCGCCCAUCAUGUUGCCAGAGCGCCAAGAUCUCCUGACUCAGUGGGAGCGAGUGGACACUGCUUGGGGGCAUUUCAGGAUGUACCAGCAAGACAUGACUGUGGAUGACAUCUCCCGCACAGAAGGCGCGAUGGAGUUGUUGGUCGAGGAGCUGAAAACCAUGGUGCCUCUUCUCCAUAUCGUGGAUGUGAAGUCGGCACAACAGUUUCCUUGGUCUACGGUCAUCUACUCCAGCCUGGCUGCUAUCUUGGCAUGCUGCUGCUGCUUCAUGGCUUGCAGGAUUAUACUCGGUCGGCAACAAAAAGCCGCGGCCGCUGUAGAAAAGGCUGCCAUGAGUGCACGCGCCAGUGCAGCUGUUGCAGACGAAGUCUGA